GUAAAAUGCCUUGCGGGUAAAGACAUCCACGAGAGGGAAAGAGGGCGGUGGGGGGCUAAGUACCAAAAUAACGUAACAACUUUUGGGAGAGUGGUGCUGUGUGUUGCUCUCAACUCACUGCUCUGAAGAACCCUAAGCCAAGCCCCGUCAGAUCGAAAUUCUCAAGCUUCGUAGCCAGAUUUCUUGCUGUUUCUACCCAUCUCGAUGAUCCAAUUUCUUUGCCUUGCCCCCUGAUUUCAAUCUCCAUUCCUGUUUGUAUCUGUUGCACCAUUCUUUUCCUAGAUUUUUCAUUUCCUCAAAAAUGGAUAUUGAGCAGAAGCAAACUGAGUUCAUCGAUCAGUUUGUAAAACAAGCUUCCUCUCUUAAAGGCUCCGCUCUUGCGUCUGUUGUUACUGAGGCCACUUCUCACCCUUCCCUCUUCGCUUUCUCGGAAAUUCUUGCCGUUCCCAACGUCGUCGAGUUAGAAGGAACUGAGCAUUCUGUAUAUCUUGACGUGCUUCGCUUAUUUGCAUAUGGAACAUGGAGUGAUUACAAGAGUAAUUCCAGCUGCCUUCCAGAAUUGGGCUCUGAUCAAGCCCUCAAACUAAAGCAACUUACUGUUCUUACAUUGGCUGAGACAAACAAGGUGUUGGCCUAUGACCAACUGAUGCAGGAAUUAGAUGUUACAAAUGUACGAGAACUGGAGGAUUUUCUUAUUAAUGAAUGCAUGUAUGCGGGUAUAGUCAGAGGGAAGUUGGAUCAAUUGCGAAGGUGCUUUGAGGUCCAAUUUGCUGCUGGGAGAGAUUUGAGACCUGGGCAACUUGGAAGCAUGAUACGAACACUAUCAAAUUGGUUGACUACGUCAGACAAUUUAUUGGUCUCAAUUCAAGAGAAGAUAAAAUGGGCCGAUAAUAUGAGCGAAUUGGACAAGAAACACCGAAAGGAUGUUGAAGAUAGGGUGGAAGAAGUUAAGAAAUCACUUUCCUUGAAGGAUGGACGAAGUAAAGGAGUCACUUUCCUUGAAGAAGUUACAAACUGUAAGCAGGCCAACAUUGACAUCCGAGAGCAUGAGGAGAUCUACUCUGAACCUGGUGGAGUAAUGGACUACGAGGAAGAUCGAAGUCGACCAAAGAGGAGACGACAUCCAAUUUCUUAGAUAUAUGCAUUGUGGGAGUUGAAGAACAACCUCCUGUAAGAUGGGUGUCCAAACAACUGCCUGAUUUUUGUUGGUGGCAAGAAAAAACGAAGAAGAAGAAUUAAACAGGUGUUGAUUUUCGGAUUUUGGAGAAAGAUGAUCUCUCUAAGCCCUUUUAUUAGAACGAUGAUUAUGUUACUUUAGGUUCCUGUUUGAUAAACAAUAGCUUGUCUUUAAAUCAAUUUAAUUCGUUCUGAGUUAAUUGGAGAACCGAACAAUUAUGAAUUAUCAGAAAUGCUGCACAUUUUUCACACUUCA